CAGCCCCACGAACUCUCGCCUUCUGCCGCUACUCGCGUUUACCAGCCACGCCAUUUUAUUCUGCCUUGCCAUCACCACCCCUCCCCCUUUACUUCGAAACCCUUCCAUACCCUGAAGCUCGCAGUAUAUAGUAUAUACUCUUGACUUGGCUUGAAUCGUCGUCGCAUGGUCCACGCGAUAUAAUCUGCCCGUACUUCUCAGCACCACUAUCGCCACACCGUCACCAUCACCAUGGCGUCUUCCACCACAACCUACCUGCGCAAUCUGCGCAAGGGCGAGCUGACCGAGUUUGCCGAGAUUUCAGACUUGAAAGAAUAUGCUGAUCUGAAGAAAAGCGAACUCGAAGCCGCUUUGGAUAAACAUUUGCGCGCAAACAGUUCCAUCUUCUCCGGCGAGAAACGCCUCGGCGACUACUAUAAACGUCUCUUCCAGCCUGCCCGCGUCUCAUCGCCGGUCAAGAAGGAGCCUAAGGCUGAGACCUCCUCUGCGGCGUCCGAGGAAAAGAAGACGACGCGCAGGCGCAAAACGUCGACUGAAGCAGAUGACACCGAAACUGAAAAGACUCCUGCAUCUACCACUGCCAUCGCGGCGCGCACUCCUGCGCGAUCGCCGCUGUCCUUCAGCUCCCUGCCACCGUCACCCGCUGUUGUCACUGAUGCGAUCGAUCGCCAGACAACCAUUGUGCGCGAGAAGGUUUCUGACGCCUGGACAAAGUCCGGCAUCUCGCAGCGCUCCGACGCUUUAAGGUCUGCUCUCAGCAGCGUCAAGUCGAUUGAGACCAUCAUCGUCCUUCUGGAGCUGGUCAGCCUGUCUUACGAGCUGAUCCCUCUGCGAUACUUGACCACCUUUCCAGCCGUUGACACCAUUGCUACUCCGGAAUUCUCGGUCAAGAUGCCCGAUUUGUUUGUCCUCAUCACCGGCGCUUUCUGGGCGCCGUUCUUGCUCUGGGCCUUGACCAGCCUCGCUUUGCCGUUGACCGUUGCCUACUUCUUCAACCUCAGCCUUCGCUCGCAGGCCAGUCACUCGCACAGCACGCGUCGCGCGUCGGCGACAGCUGGGCCAGCGACUUUUGACCCGUUGGUGUACAACAUUGCGAAGGCUUUGAUUUCGUACCUCGUGUACGCGAAUCACUUCACCUUCUGGGACGUUUUCAGCCACUUCUCAGUGGAGAAGGUCAAUGUGUCUAUUCCUGGCCAAUGGCCCGGCCUUGUUACCGGGUCUGCCAUCGGCAUUCUCACCAGCUUGUAUGAAGCUAUCUUGAAAAAGUAAACAGCUGGUCUUGAACCAUUACAUGACUUGCGACAGGAACAGUCCUGACGCAGCUGGAUAUCCUCUAGCUAAGAUCAGAACUAUAUUUUGAACCCCUUGUAGUUUUUGUUUCCGUUUUUGCUUUAUGUCUUUUCUCGUUCUGGCUCUGGCUGUUUUGGGGUUUUAAUUCCUACUGGCUUGAACGUUUAACUGUUUCCUCGCUUUAUUCUUACCUUGCAUAGUUUCCGGCGUCUUGGAAAACCGGUCUUGUCUUUUUCUUUGACGAACGAAAACUGGAAUGCGUGUAACGAAUGCGGAGUCUCAAGUGGAGGUUCAAUACUUUUUCCUUCUUUAGUCCACCUGGCUUUCAAGGCGUUAUAAUUUGAAGGUUUGAGCUUGGGCUUU